CAGAGUCCAUGCAUCAACGAUCCUUGCUUAAACAAAGGAAAAUGUGUUGCCAAAUUCAAAGAUGGCGAUUAUUACUGCAGUUGGUGUCCUCGGUUUUACAACGGAAAAGACUGCAAAACAGGUAUUGUAAUUAGAGAUUCACGCCUUUUCUACCCCUUUUUCUCUUAUUCGUAACAAUUCCCUGCAUUACCAUCAUCUUUUCGUUCUCAGCUGAACACAAAUAAGGUAAUUUAGUGUUAAGAACUUUGAAGAUGUAAACUGACCAACGUAAAGAGUAAAAUAGCUGACGUUUCGAGUGUUAGCCCUUCGUCAGAGCAAUAGGGUACCUGCUGUACUCUCCCACCGACGCAGCACCACAGUUUCUUUAGAAACUUACCCCCUUUAUUCAUUUGAACACAAACCAGCCUCGUGUUAUUACCCUCUAAUGACCUACAAAGGGUUUCAAUUUGGUUUGAGAGUAAGUUGAUUUGGAUGCCUUCUCAUACUUGGCGCCUUUUCACGGCAAACAGUGAUAGCAUACUAGGAAAUAGUUUAGACUCUGAGAUUAUAGCCUCCAUAGGCCUUUUUCCUAAAAGUGCAUCAAGGUAUUUUUCAAACGGGGACCCAUUUUCUCACCUCAUCGGUGUAAAAUGUACUGGCAUGAAAAUCAGAAAGUGAAAUUUCUCUUUCCUUACAUAAAGAUUAAUAAUUAAUUCUAUUCAAUUAAUAAUCAGGGCACUUUGUAAGAAAAAAUUGCUUGGAAAUUAUGGAGCGAAGUCUCUCACAGGGAGAUGGCAUGUACUGGUUAGACCCGGAUGGAGCAAGCCAUUCCAAUGCAUUCCUGGCCUACUGCGACAUGACGUCACACAAUGGAGGAUGGACCAUGUGUUACACUACUGAUGAAUUUGUCAAACCGAGGACUGAGGUCACAUACAACGCCUCUAUUCCUUAUGGAACUGUCGGCUACAGGACUAACUGCAACAACAUCUCUGUAAGCUGAUUGAAUAAUCUCUUAUCUCUAUGAAUAUGGAUCGCUUAGUAUAUAUGCAUAUGGGUCUCGAAAUAUUAUUUCAUUUUUUGUUUUAUUGCAUGACGCACAAAUAGGUGUGUCGAUGUACAUAAUGGUGUGUUAGUAUUUUUGUGUUAAAUCAAGAAAAAUUUUCAAACAAUUCUCUCCUUACGAUACAUUUCAUAUACUCGUAUCUAUUCGUUCACUGCACUGAAAAUGGCGCUGCACUGUACCUUUUUAACUAAAGAAAAUACCGAAGCACAUAAAACUUAGACUAAGGCUGUAAAAAGGUCGGAAUUUCGCACCAUACAAUACAAAACAUUGUCUCUUUUUCCAGUUUACAGAGAUUAUGUUCUUGGAUCAUCAAACUUUGGCUAAAGUGUAUUUCAAGCGAAGAACCAACCAGUCUAUAACGGCCAGUUUGAAUUAUGGGAACGGUGCUUCUACUUAUGGAUUAUGGGACGGUGUGGGAGUGAGCAACGCAUACCUUUAUCAGCUACUGAUCUGUGAUACCUCAUUCUACGGUGGCUACUUCGUUUCUGGUUAUACAAAUUGUUAUAAGCAGUGUGUAAGCUGGUGUGACGAUAAAGUCUCCCCAUACUUCCGUACUGCAUCUACCCGUUCGUACUUUGGUGUGGCCUUUAACGCCAAUGGCCACCGACCAGUCAAUAAAAGACUCAUUAGUGUCGGUCUGCGCUGA